GGCACAUCGGCCCACGGGACAAAGAAAGCGGGAGAAUGCUGCACAGCGUGGGUCUGGCGAGUAUCGAUGAGCUGAUCGAUAAAACCGUCCCUGCCAGCAUCCGCCUGAGAAGGCCUCUGAGAUGGCUGACCAUAUUUGUGAAAAUGAAAUCCUUGAAACUCUACACAAUAUUGCAAGCAAGAACAAAAUCUGGAGGUCCUACAUGGGCAUGGGUUAUUACAACUGCUCAGUACCUCAGGCGAUUGUGCGGAAUUUGUUGGAGAAUGCAGGAUGGGUUACCCAGUAUACCCCUUACCAACCUGAAGUUUCCCAGGGUAGGCUAGAGAGCCUGUUAAAUUACCAGACUAUGGUAUGUGACAUCACAGGAAUGGAUGUGGCCAAUGCAUCUUUACUGGAUGAGGGGACUGCUGCAGCAGAGGCUAUGCAACUAUGUCACAGGCACAACAAAAGGAGAAAGUUCUAUGUUGAUGUCCGAUGCCACCCUCAAAUGAUAGCAGUAGUUCAAACUAGAGCAAAUUACAGUAGUCUCGUCAUUGAGCUGAAAUUUCCCCAUGAGAUGGAUUUCAGUGGUAAAGACAUCAGUGGAGUGCUAUUUCAGUACCCAGAUACCGAGGGGAAGGUGGAAGACUUCACUGAACUAGUUGACAGAGCCCACCAAAAUGGGACUCUUGUCUGCUGUGCUACUGACCUCUUGGCUCUGUGUAUUUUGAGGCCUCCAGGAGAGUUUGGGGUGGAUGUUGCUCUGGGUAACUCCCAGAGGUUUGGGGUACCACUCUGUUAUGGGGGACCACAUGCUGCCUUCUUUGCGGUCAAAGAAAACCUGGUGAGAAUGAUGCCUGGGAGAAUGGUUGGAGUUACAAGAGAUGCAAAUGGAAAAGAAGUAUAUCGGCUUGCAUUGCAAACUCGAGAGCAGCAUAUUAGAAGGGACAAGGCCACCAGCAAUAUCUGUACAGCACAGGCGCUUCUGGCUAACAUGGCUGCCAUGUAUGGAGUCUAUCAUGGUUCAAAUGGAUUAAAGCACAUUGCAAGAAGGGUGCACAAUGCCACUCUAAUCUUAGCUGAAGGUCUUAAGCGAGCAGGUCACACAUUGCAGCAUGACCUGUUCUUUGAUACCUUGAAGAUCCAGUGUGGCUGUGCAGUCAAGGAGGUCUUUGACAGGGCAAGUCAGCAGCAGAUAAACUUUCGGAUUUAUAGUGAUGGCACAAUUGGAGUGUCACUUGAUGAAACUGUAACUGAGAGAGACCUGGAUGACUUGUUGUGGAUUUUUGGGUGUGAAUCUUCAUCUGAAUUGGUUGCUGAGAGUAUGGGAAAAGAAACAAGGGGCAUUCUGAGUACUGCAUUUAAGAGGACUUCCAAAUUCUUGACACAUCAAGUAUUCAACAGCUAUCACUCUGAAACGAAUAUUGUCCGGUAUAUGAAAAGAUUAGAAAACAAAGAUAUUUCCCUUGUUCACAGCAUGAUUCCUUUGGGAUCCUGCACAAUGAAGCUUAAUAGUUCAUCUGAACUUACACCUAUCACAUGGAAAGAAUUUGCUAAUAUCCAUCCCUUUGUGCCUCUAGACCAGGCUCAAGGGUACCAGCAACUUUUCAGGGAGCUCGAGAGGGAUCUGUGUGAGAUCACAGGCUAUGACAAAAUCUCCUUCCAACCAAACAGUGGGGCCCAGGGUGAAUAUGCUGGAUUGACUGCAAUCAAGGCUUACUUAAAUGCAAAAGGAGAACGUCAUAGAAAUGUUUGUCUUAUUCCUAAAUCUGCUCAUGGUACCAACCCAGCAAGUGCCCAAAUGGCAGGGAUGAAGAUUCAGCCAGUCGAGGUGGAUAAAAAUGGAAACAUUGAUAUUGCCCAUCUAAAGGCAAUGGUGGAUAAGCACAAAGAUAACUUGGCAGCUAUCAUGAUCACGUACCCAUCCACCAAUGGUGUGUUUGAAGAGAAUAUCAGUGAUGUGUGUGACCUGAUUCACAAACAUGGAGGCCAGGUUUACCUAGAUGGUGCAAACAUGAAUGCCCAGGUGGGUCUGUGUCGCCCUGGAGACUAUGGAUCUGAUGUCUCUCAUUUAAACCUUCACAAAACCUUUUGCAUUCCCCAUGGAGGAGGAGGACCUGGAAUGGGCCCAAUCGGAGUGAAGAAUCAUCUGGUGCCCUACCUGCCUAGCCAUCCCGUCGUUGCACUACAGCUUCAUAAGGAUGCAUGCCCUUUGGGUACAAUCAGUGCUGCCCCUUGGGGCUCCAGUGCUAUAUUGCCCAUUUCCUGGGCCUAUAUCAAGAUGAUGGGUGGAAAGGGUCUUAAACACGCUUCGGAGAUUGCUAUAUUAAAUGCUAACUACAUGGCAAAAAGACUAGAGAAACACUACAAAGUCCUUUUCAGAGGGGCAAGAGGUUAUGUAGCUCAUGAAUUUAUUUUGGAUGCCAGACCCUUCAAGAAAACAGCAAAUGUAGAAGCUGUGGAUGUUGCAAAGAGGCUUCAGGACUAUGGCUUCCAUGCUCCAACAAUGUCCUGGCCAGUGGCAGGGACCCUUAUGAUUGAACCAACAGAAUCUGAAGACAAGGCAGAGCUGGACAGAUUCUGUGAUGCAAUGAUCAACAUUCGUCAAGAAAUUGCUGAAAUAGAGGCAGGCAGAAUGGACUCCACGGUUAACCCAUUAAAGAUGUCACCACACACUCUGACUUGCAUUACAUCCCCUAACUGGGAUCGUCCUUAUUCCAGAGAAGUAGCAGCUUUCCCACUACCAUUUGUGAAGCCUGAAAGCAAAUUCUGGCCCACAAUUGCUCGAAUCGAUGACAUCUACGGAGAUCAGCAUCUGGUUUGUACCUGCCCACCAAUGGAAGUCUAUGAAUCUCCCUUUUCUGAACAGAAGAGAGCCUCCUCCUAGGUCUUUAUCCCUUUAUUUCCAGGUGGUUGGAUUCACGCCGUACCACUGCAUUUCAGUCCACCAUGAUGGCGUUCUUUUCCCUGCACCCGAUGAGGGGAUUUAUAUACUAUGUAUAUUUUUGUAAUCUCCAUACUGUUAAUUGAAUCACUGCUCAGUUAAAAUAUAAAUACAAUCACUAUAUUGAGUUGAUUCAGUGCCUCAGUAUCUAAAGCAGUUACAGUUGCCUUGUUUCAGCUCCUUUUGUCUUCUGUUCAGUGAUGACGACCUCUUUGUGCAGUAAGGACUUUAACUAUUAACAUAGAAUUUUUCAAGGUUGUAAGGAAAGGUGAAUAAUUUUUAUUCCAGGUAUUUCACAUGACCGUAAUCAUUAAAUAUUAACUGCCACAGUAAUUGUUUACAUUUUGUAUAAGUACAGGCACUAGAUUUUAUUAUUAAUGUACUUAAUCUGUUACCACUGACCGUGGUGGUGUUAAUUGUUUAAUAUUAAACUGUGGUAUUUUUGUGUUUUACCUGUCAAUGCUUGUAUUCUAAUAAAGUCCACUAGAGUUUUAAGAAUGGC